AUGGCUAUCGAAACUCUCGUAUUAGGCGCUGGGCAAGAGGUUGGGAAAAGCUGCGUAGUGGUGAACAUCAAUGGAAAGAGAAUCAUGUUCGAUUGCGGCAUGCACAUGGGUUACAAUGAUCACCGUCAAUUCCCUGAUUUCUCUCUUAUUUCACCUUCUGGUGAUUUCAAUGAUGCUCUCUCAUGCAUCAUCAUUACUCAUUUUCAUUUGGAUCAUGUUGGAGCUUUAGCUUACUUCACUGAAGUUUGCGGGUAUGGCGGACCGGUUUACAUGACGUACCCAACAAAAGCUUUGUCUCCGUUGAUGUUGGAAGACUAUCGGAAAGUGAUGGUUGAUCGUCGGGGUGAGGAAGAACUAUUCACUUCUGAUCAUAUUGCUGAGUGCAUGAAGAAAGUUAUUGCUGUAGAUCUGAAGCAGACUGUGCAAGUAGAUGAAGAUCUGGAGAUACGGGCAUAUUAUGCAGGCCAUGUUAUCGGAGCUGCGAUGUUCUAUGUAAAAGUUGGAGAUGCAGAAAUGGUUUAUACAGGAGACUACAAUAUGACACCAGAUAGACACCUAGGAGCAGCUCAAAUUGAUCGACUACGACUUGACCUUCUUAUAACUGAAUCCACAUAUGCGACCACAAUACGUGAUUCAAAAUAUGCUCGAGAGAGGGAAUUCCUCAAAGCUAUUCAUAAAUGUGUUUCUAGUGGAGGAAAGGUGCUUAUUCCAACAUUUGCUCUUGGAAGAGCUCAGGACCAGAACUCGGGGAAGACGAUUGGAACUGCUAGAGAGAUGAAUGGACUGUACUACCUUGAUGGAAUUCAGUUUGGCAAUACAUCGUUUUUCGGUUCAAACAGUACAAACUCAGAACUAUGCAUUUUGUUGGAGGAUUACUGGGAGCGCAUGAAUUUGAAGGUUCCUAUCUACUUCUCUGCAGGAUUAACUAUUCAAGCUAAUAUGUAUUACAAGAUGCUUAUUGGUUGGACAAGCCAGAAGAUUAAAGAUACAUACUCCACACAUAAUGCAUUUGAUUUUAAGAAUGUUCACAAGUUUGAGCGGUCUAUGCUUGAUGCUCCUGGUCCUUGUGUUCUCUUUGCCACCCCUGGGAUGAUAAGUGGUGGAUUUUCAUUGGAAGUUUUUAAACACUGGGCACCGUCAGAAAAUAAUCUUGUCACUUUGCCUGGGUAUUGUUUGGCAGGAACGGUAGGACAUAAAUUAACAUCAGGGAAGUCUACCAACAUUGAUAUAGAUCCUGAUACACAGAUAGAUGUGCGUUGCCAGAUUCAUCAGUUGGCUUUUAGUCCUCACACUGAUUCUAAAGGGAUAAUGGAUCUUGUAAAAUUUCUCUCCCCAAAGCAUGUUAUACUAGUGCAUGGUGAGAAGCCUAAAAUGGAUUCUCUAAGAGAAAGAAUUCAUUCUGAAUUGGAGAUUCCUUGUUACAAUCCCGCAAACAAUGAAACCAAAUGCAGUUCAGUGGACACACCUAACUCCACUCUGAUAGACAGAAACCUCACGCCAGAACUUAAAGUUGAAGAUGAAAGAGUAGCAGAUGGAGUUUUGGUCAUGGAAAGUAACAAAAAGGCAAAAAUUGUACACAGAGAUGAGGUUUUGAUCAUGUUGGACAAAAAGAAGCAAGAGGUUUAG